UUUUCCUUAAUUGUAAGUGAUAAUGGCGUCUAAAUCUGUGUAGUCUUCGUGUGGUGGGAUUAUUGAGUUUUCUACUUUGGUUAGAGAGUGUUUGAAUAGUGUUAAUGGUUUUUUCGCUUAGUGUGGCCUGGAAACUUAUAUAACUAGAUCAGUCUGUUGUUAUAUAAUUAAAUUUGUCUAAAAUGACAAUGAUGCAAAAAGUGGCAAUUGGCCUUGGCGUAGGAGCGGUUUUCUUUUUAGGAUACUGCAUACAUUUUGAUCGAAAGAGACGAUCAGACCCUAACUAUAAGAAGAAGAUUAGACAGAGGAGAAAGGCCAACAAUGAAGCGGCUUCUAGUGCUAGAUCUGGGAAGACAAACAUGCCAGAUUUGAAAGAUCAUGAAGCUGUACAAAUGUUCUUCCUUCAAGAGGUUCAGUUGGGAGAGGAGUUACUGGGCAGUGGAGACGAGGAGGGGGGUGUGGAACACCUGAGCAAUGCUGUAGCAGUCUGCGGCCAGCCCAACCAGCUGCUGCAAGUGCUACAGCAGACACUGCCUCCCCACGUGUUCCAGCUGCUGCUUAUGCGACUCCCUGCAGCCGGCCAGAGAUUCAUGGCUCACUCUGCAGCCAGCACUGCUUCUGUUGUUGACGAUGGUGUUGAUUAAAUUCUGGUCAUACGUUAGUCAAAGUAUUAAAUUCUUUAGAUUUUUUUUUAUGAGUAUGUUUCAUAUCAAAAUAUUAAGCAAUACAAUGUACAAAUUAUACAGUUCUACUGUUCCAAAGACAUGUUUAUUUCAGUGCCUCCUCAAAUACUACUCGGAGUUGUUGCUUGCUAUGUGUUCAUUGACUAUCAGUGUAUGUUAUUGGUGGAAGUUAAUAGUAGUCUUUCUACAUUUCAAAGAGGAACUUCUAUUAAUUCAUGGCAAAAGAACAAUAUGUCUUGAUAGCUUGACAAUAGACCUGUGUUACAUUUGCAUGUUCUCUUUAUAUUAAAUAUAAAUCAUUCUAUGCAUUUGUGUUUCUGUGAAGUAAAUGUUUGUUUGUUUUUUUCUUGACUAUAAUAAAAUAACCUAUGCAUUCUUAAUUACAAUAUAAUUGCACCAUAUAUGAGAAAUUUAGAAUCUAUGAUAUUAGAAUCCUAACAGUGUUACACUACUAAACAUAUACACUAAUGUAGAGUAAUAAAUUAUUGAAUGUAAGUGGUUAAAACUGAAUCAAGCAGAAUUUUGUUUAGAAUAAUUGUCUACUUUAAUUAUAACAGUUCAUUAGACUUUAUUGUGAAAACAAAUUAACUAGACAUUUUUCAUUGCACUUACUUUUUAAUCUACUCUCUGUAAAAUUUUGGCUUUUAGAGUUUGCCUGCAUUAAUUGGUAUUUUAUAUUCUAUUAUUGUAUUUGUUUUUUAUUUUAUUUCAAAACAAGGAAUUAAGACAUUUUUUAACAAUUUACAUUGUUUGCUUUUUCUUUUAGGUAUGUGCAAUUUAUUUUAAAUGUCAAAGUUUUUUACUAAUUUGAUCCAUUAUACUCCGUAGUAGUCUUAAAGUCAAUCAGUUGGUUUUUAUCUAUCCAACUGUAACAAUUUAGAAAUUUUGUAAUGUCAUUUUGAUUUUGAUUAAGAGAACGUUUUUCAUUGAGUAGAUAUAAUAAAUAGGUGAAGUUGAGUUGUCUUGACAGUUAUUAUUUUGUACUAAUUUUAAUAUUUUUGGCCUUUAUCACAUUUUCUGGAUCUCUCCAAACUGUUUAAACAUGUUCCUUAACUUAGAUGUAAGAUUUACAGAUUACUUUGUUGGUUUGAUUCUAUAUGUAUAUUGUGUUGGAGCACCAAGUUUCGGUUACAGUCAUAGGGACACAGUUUUAAUAAUCGUAAGGCCUUGUUUUGGUGUCAUAUGUUUGUUAAUAUUCCAGUGAUGUAAUGAAGUAUAUAGCAAGCUUUCUAUAUUUUUAACUUCAAAGCUUGUCUGGUGGAUAUUGUUAUGUGACUGUGUCUGUAGCUCAAUAUAGACUGAUUUAUUUUGA